AUGCUGCAUUUACGCUUAACCAGACACGUUUUACGCUCAGCCACAACAAAGUUUCCAGCGUCAUUAAGUACUGCUCGUUUUGUUUCAUCGCAAGAAUGUAUCAGUAAAGAAAAUAAAUAUGGAUGCCACAAUUAUAAACCAAUUCCCGUUGUUAUUGCAAAGGGCAAAGGUUCAAAAGUUUGGGAUGUAGAAGGAAAGUGCUACUAUGAUUUCUUAUCUUCGUAUUCUGCUGUCAAUCAAGGUCACUGUCAUCCACGAAUUACAAAGGUAAUAAAAGAGCAAGUUGAUGUUCUAACUUUAACUUCUCGUGCUUUCUACAACAACCAGUUGGGGGACUAUGAAAAAUUUCUCGCUAAACUCUUCGGAUAUGAUAAAGUGUUGCCUAUGAAUACUGGUGUUGAAGCGUGUGAUUCGGCCGUUAAAUUAGCAAGACGUUGGGCAUAUGACGUAAAAAAAGUUCCGGAAAAUAAAGCAAAAAUGGUAUUUGCAGAAAACAAUUUUUGGGGGCGCAGUAUUGCAGCAAUUUCUGCCUCAACAGAUCCUGAAAGUUAUGGUGGUUUUGGGCCAUUUGUUCCAGGAUUUGAAAUUGUUCCUUAUAAUAAUUUAGCAGCUCUAGAAGAAGCCAUAAAAGAUCCGAAUACUGCAGGAUUCAUGGUAGAACCUAUACAAGGUGAAGCAGGUGUUGUGAUACCAAAUGAAGGGUAUCUUAAAGGUGUUAGAGAGCUCUGUACAAAGUAUAAUGUACUAUUUAUAGCUGAUGAAGUUCAAACUGGCUUGGGAAGAACAGGAAAAUUGUUGUGCGUGCAUCACGAAAAUGUGAGACCUGAUAUAAUUACACUUGGCAAAGCAUUAUCCGGUGGUACAUAUCCUAUUUCGGCUGUACUAUGCGAUGAUUAUAUAAUGCUGAACAUAAAACCAGGCCAGCAUGGAUCAACUUAUGGUGGUAAUCCUUUGGCUUGUCGAAUAGCAGUAGAGGCAUUGCAUGUCCUCAUAGAAGAAAAAUUGUCUGAAAAUUCCCGUAAAUUAGGGGAAAUUUUUUUGGGUGAACUGCGAAAGUUGCCUGAAUCAGUAAUAACCUUAGUGCGUGGAAAAGGACUAUUUUGUGCAGUUGUAACAAAGCCUGGAAUUGAUGCUUGGAAAAUAUGUUUGAAGUUAAAAGAAAACGGUUUAUUGGCAAAGAACACACAUGGCAAUAUUAUCAGAUUUGCUCCUCCUUUAGUUAUCACAGAAUCCGAACUGAGGGAAUCAAUAAGAAUCAUUUCGAACACUCUAAAAGAAUUCGCUUAA